AUGGGAAGAGAGUCGACGGGCUUAAUGCAUUCGAAGGACGAGGUGCUGUGGAAAAAUACAUCGGCGUACGAGAAGGACGUGUGUGGCGUUUUUGAGAGACGAGAAGUCAGGGAGAAAGACUGCUCGAAGAGAGGUCGGAGUUGGGUUAAGGAAGCAACGUUUUCUUUUCUUCUACUUGAUUCCACCAAACUUCCACGCGCCGCACCUGCCUCCCUCUUUCCCUCCCCUACAUUUUCUCCCUCUAUAAGUAAACGCAGGCCCCGUUCCGCCCUCUUCCAACCGAAGACAGACUUCUUAUUCUUCUUCCUUUGUCCCAACCCCAUGGAGAAGUCGUCUCUCGCCGCCGCCUCUCUCGCUCUCUCUGACCCCAUCCUCCUCCUCUUCCUCCAGACCCUCUCCUUCUGGUUCUUCCUCCUCCGCAAGCUCUCCUACCGCCGCUCCGCCGCUCCCAACCCCCGCAAUCUGGAAGAUCGCCUCGAUCUCGCGCCCGAGGACGUGGCGGCCGUCAUGGAGGCCAUCGGCGUCGCGGGGGAUGGCGUGGACGGAGGGUUCGAAGGGGCGGGCGACUUGGCCGGGAUGUUCGGGGAAAGGGCGCCCAGCCUCGAGGAGGUGGAGGCCGCCUUCCAGGUGUUCGACGAGGGGCGUGAUGGGUUCAUCGACGCCGCCGAGCUGCGGGGCGUGAUGGCCAGGCUAGGGCUCGCGGAAGGGACGGGGAUCGACGCGUGCCGGCGGAUGAUCGCGGUGUACGACAAGAACGGCGAUGGGAGGAUCGAUUUUGAGGAGUUCGUUGACUUCAUGGAGACUACCUUCGUCUGUUGA